AUGAAGCUUCUUUCUACAUACCAAUUGGUAUGUCUGUUGCUUUUCCUAGUUCUUGCAAGAUCUGCGGACUUUGACUUUGUUGUGGAUGAUGCUGUUGACUUUGUUACUUUCAAUGCUUCGCUGACUCUGUAUGAACAACUCUCCCAAAAUUCGUUGCUCUGGGGUCCUUACAGAAGUGGCUAUUACCUCGGUAUCAAGCCACGUAUUCCCCUUUCACUCACUUCAGGCCUUCUUUGGUUCAAUGCCGAUGACCACAAUGGGUUGCAGAAUAUCAGGCAUGAGUAUGAUCAACAUCACAAUAUGCGGAAAGCCAACUGGGUUCAAUAUGACCCAAGAUUUGGCGGAAGACAAGAAAUCGUUGACAAAGAUUGUCACAUAAAUAUCAUCAUUGACUUCGUGAAAAGUGAAAAUGGCCUCAAUUGGGCACUUAAGGUGAAGGCUGUCCCGCACAAAGGAUAUGAACACGUUACAACUUCUUUUGUGUGGUAUACUGGUUUGGAGGGCGAAGCUAUGACCGAUCAAGGUUUGUCAGUCUCUGGCUUCUUGAAGCUUGACAACGAAUUCAAUGAGUAUGGCUACAAAGAUACCCUCGAGUUCUCAGGUUUUUCCAAGGAGUUAGGUCUCUUCGAAAUGAAGAUCAAUGAUGGCGGCAAAGACACAAAAAACAAGCAUCCUAAGCCAAUUUCAUCUUUGCCCAAAAAUUUAGACCCUAGCCUUACUCAUCAUUUGAGUCUCCGUGUUCCAGAUGGAAACGUUUGGCGGGGGAAAGACAUCUUCCUCACAUUACUCGAGGACUCAAUUAAUGAUUUAAUGAAGACAAUGGGCGACAAAUUAAAUGAAGUUCCCCCAUAUGCGGGUCUCAUGAUGCGUGACAUGCACCACUACGAAGGUAACUUACACCUUGUCCAAAAGACUUACCAGGGAGCUGCUGAAUUCGAUAUAACAUAUAACUUGGUCGACGCUGAUGACUCGCAAAAAAUCACUUUUGAAAACUUAAAAUCACAAAUAGAGGUUACUUCCCAAAAAUUCAAGAAGAAGUUUGAUGAGUGCUUCCACCUCGCAUCCAAGCCGAAAAAGGAGCAGAAAUUGGCUAAAGAGCUCUUAUCUGGUUUGCUCGGCGGUCUUUCUUACUCCCAAGGUGAUCAAUUGGUCGAUAGAGAGACUUCUUUGGAUGACGAAGAUCUUCCGGUUAACAUAAAUGGUGAUGUACACCUCCCGAAGUUGACCGGCAAAAGUGAAGGUCCACAUGAACUAUUCAGUUUGGUACCUUCUCGUCCAUUCUUUCCUAGAGGAUUCUACUGGGAUGAAGGCUUUCAUUUGCUUCCAUUAUUAAAGUAUGACUCUGAUUUAGUUCUUGAAAUCUUGAAGUCAUGGUUCGAGCUCAUUGAUAACAAGGGUUGGAUUGCUAGAGAACAAAUCCUCGGCGCAGAGGCGAGAUCAAGAGUGCCUGCUGAAUUUGUUGUACAAAGCGAUAGUAUUGUGAAUCCGCCAACCCUCUUGCUUGCCUUCAACAAUCUUUUAGAGAUGGCCAAACAAGCAGAAACAUCUAAGAAGAACGUAUAUUCAGAAAACCAAAAAGCUAUCAAUUUAGAUACCGACAUUGCUAUUGAGGAUCUCAGCUCUGUGGUAAUGAGUCAUCCACACCUUUUGGCUAAUUACACCAAAGAAAUUUACCCAAGACUCAAAUUGCACUAUGAUAGCUUCCGCGCCAGUCAGCAAGGUGAAUUUGAUGAUUUCAACAGGGGCCCAAAUAAGGAGGUGUACCGAUGGAGAGGAAGAAGCACUACUCAUAGUUUGGCUUCAGGCUUGGAUGACUACCCAAGAAUUCUUCCAAUUGACAUAGCGGAAUUGAACGUUGAUCUUCUCUGUUGGAUUGGAGUUAUGACCAGGUCUAUGAAGAACAUUGCUGAAAUUUUGGAGUUGCCUCUGGAUGUCGCUAGAUACGACAAGAUAGAAACGGACAUAACGGAGAGCAUCGAGUCAAUGCAUUGGUCCGAGGAGCAUAAAACAUACUGCGAUGUGUCAGUAGACGAUGAUGACGAAAAAGUUUUUGGUUGCUACAAGGGUUAUAUUUCCCUCUUCCCAUUCUUAACAAGGUUCAUCCCACUUGACCAAGUUGACAAGCUUGGGCAUAUUGUUGAUCUUCUCUCUGACCCUGAAGAAUUGGCAAGUGACUACGGUAUUCGUUCUAUCUCAAAAUCAAGCGAGUUUUAUAGAACCGGAGAGAACUACUGGCGGUCGCCAAUCUGGAUCAACAUCAACUAUUUGGUUUUGGACAGCUUAACUUACUAUCACCACUCUCUCAAAGAUGAAGAUGCUGGAGAAUUAAAAGAAAAGAUUGCUGAUGUCUACAGUACUCUCAGAAAGCAAUUGAUCACCAAUGUGAAGCGUCAAUGGAUGACAACCGGUUUCGUGUGGGAACAAUAUGACGACAUAACCGGUGAACCCAAGGGCGCCAAAAAUUUCUUGGGCUGGAGCAGCUUGAUUUUGCUUGCUAUAGAGAUGCCGGAGAAGUUGAUGUAG